AUGGGCAAAAACAGCGGACAAAAGAGGAAGCAAAUGAGAACGGACCCCCCACUCACUUUCAUGAUGGUUGGAAGCUUUGCAACAAUGGAACAAGCACAAAAAUUGGACUUCUCAGUGAACGAAGUCCUAGCAGUGAUGCACUUCCCAAUUGGCCUCAACCUUGGAGACACAGCCAACUUGAAAGGAAUAUACGACACAGGAGGAUGCUGCAACAUAGGAGAAAAAGCAUACCACCUCACCAUCGCAAAACAAUACCCCCAACUGGUCAAACAGGUGUACGACUUUCCAAAGAUUCACUAUGUCCCCAUCAAGGUUGGAGGAAUCGAAGACAGCGUCAACAUCGAGGCAAUCAUUGAAUACUACAUCCCUUUGUUUCCAGUGGAACACAUCAGAAGAGAUCAAGCAGCGUCACCCAAAGUACUAUUCAACAACAACAAGAAAGAGACAGGACAGAGAGCCAUCAUCAUCAGAGAACAACAACACAGCGCGCCCAGCACCACCACCAACAUCACACCGAAGAAAACAUAUCGCAGAUCAAUCAAGAGACGAGCCCAACAUGCGCAAAAACUAUACAAGGAAACCCAUAACAAGCGCAAAAACUAUAAUGAAACCCAUAACACGCGCAAAUGUUUUAAGGCCAGGCAGACAUACCUGAGACUGGUUGGCUCGCUGACUGAAGCCGACAACACUAGCGAUUUUUUAUCAGCUCCCAUCACUCUACGAUUCUGUUAUGAUGCUACUACACCUACGACUAAUGCUCUUUAUAACGCAUUUUCCUCUGGAAAUCAAUGCCUGAAACAACAAGACGCUUUGAUUUGCUGA